AUGCCUUCAGCCACCGCUUCCGGCGCGGAUACAAAGUCCAGCGGCGCACACUCCCGCCAGCAUAACCAAGGGAACCAAGAUCGAAAGUACACUCCAGAGCAGAAGGCGGCAGUACUACGAGUACGGAAGUGCUCGGUCACAGCAUUUUAUGAAAUUUUGGCUGUUGAGAAAACCGCGACAGAUGGAGAGAUUAAGAAGGCUUAUCGGAAGCUCAGCUUAUUGACCCACCCAGACAAGAAUGGAUAUGACGGCGCGGAUGAAGCAUUUAAGAUGGUAUCGAGGGCGUUCCAGAUAUUAUCCGAUGCAGACAAGAAGUCCAAAUAUGACAAGUUUGGUGGCGAUCCAGAAAACAGAUUUAACGCCGGAGCGUCGACAUCUUCGCCUUUCAGUGGAUUUGGAGGCUUCCAGCCGCAUCCUGGACAGCGAUAUGCGUAUGAAGAGGAAAUCUCUCCGGAGGAGCUGUUUAAUCGAUUCUUUGGUGGAGCUGCUGGCGGAGGAUUCGGGCCGUUCGGAGGUGGCAUUUUUGACGGUGGCCCGCAAUUCGUUUUCAAUAUGGGUGGUGGCCCUGGUUUCCGCGUGCAUCAAUUUGGAGGAUCUCGACCACGAAGACGCCCGAGAGAUUCAAACCAGCCGGAGCCUUCUCAAACUCCCCCGGGUGUCGCUUCACUAUCACAGUUCCUCCCACUACUCCUACUUUUUAUCCUUCCUUUCCUCUCCAACCUGUUCGGCAGCACUACACCUUCUACACCCGCCUUCCGACUUCACACUCCCGCUCCACCACACACCCUCCAACGAAUGACGCCCAAACUCAAACUUAAGUACUUCCUUAACCCGUCAGAUAUCGAAGACUACAGUCCGCGCAAGCUUCAUCAACUAGAUCAGAGAAUCGAAGUCGACUACGUUUCUAAUCUACGACACGAAUGCCAGGCCGAGAUAAAUUAUCGUGACCGCUUAGUCCAAGACGCACAAGGCUGGUUUUUCCCAGACGUGGAGAAGAUGAGGGAAGCACAAGACCUAGAGCUGAAGAGCUGUGCGAAGCUAAAGGCACUCGGCUGA